AUAGCUUUCAUUAUCAAACAUAAAUACAAAAUAACAUCAACAUCAAUUGAAAUUGGCAAGCAUGGAUCAAACUCAAAAGGCACAAUCAGGAACUGAACGUGUUUACAAAGAUUUGCAACCUUAUUUUGAAUGGAAUGAAGAUGAAGUAAGUGUCACUCUUGUUCUAAUGCUGCCAGGAUUCACAAAGGAACAAUUAAGAGUGCAAGUGACUUCAAAAGGUGUCCUAAGGAUCAAUUGUGAAAGACAAGGGAUUGAGAAUAUAUGGCAUCGUUUUGGUAAAGAAUUUUCAAUUCCUACAUAUUGUGACCCCAAUGAUGUCAAUGCCAAGUUUGAACGUGGAGUGCUAUCAAUCAAGUUUCCAAAACUAAUCACCCCAGCUAAUAAGCCUCAAGAACAAGAAGCUAUCACUAAUCCACCACAAGAAGCUACAAUGCCACAACAAAAUAGUGAUGAACCUAAGGCACCGACACAAGCUCAAGUGGUUGAUGAGCAACGAGAGUCACCAAAGAAAAAUACGAACGAACCGAUUAGUGAUGAAAAAGAAAAAAAUAAAGUAGAAGAAAAAGAUGAAAACGAAAAGAAGGUGAGGACUAAUGACGAGUCAUCGGAGAAAAAAGAAGUUAUUGAAACUACCGAGGGUCUGAGAAAGCGGCAAGCAAAGAUGACACAAAGAUUGAAAACAAGGAUUUUAGAUUUUAACAUAAGUUUGAGAUCAAGAGAUGAUAAUGAUGUUAACCAAUUAGGUUUUGGUUGUGUUAACACGAGGACUAAGAGGGGGAAGUUAUUGGUGAACAUGAUUGUGGCCAGCUUGUUGAUUUUGGUGCUUGGGGUGUAUGUCAAAAAUGCAUUUUGGUCAUCAUCAUAAUCAUCUCAAGGAGAAACAAAGGAAUUUUAAUCCCAAAUAUGCAUAUCUACUAUUGUAAAUGCAUAAAUAAAUUCAAUAAAGGAGUAAAACAAUGAGUUUGAUUGAUUGAUUGAUUAAAUUAUUACUUAACACAUGUAUUACAAAACUCAUUGUCUUAUAACAACUUUUUUAUGCAAAACUAUAUUUAUAUUU